AUGGCCAUGUGGAGGACAGUGGGAGCUCUAUUGCUCAUUGUGCAUACUGUGUUUGGCCAGAGCAGCAUCAGAUGGUGCACCAUCUCGGACGCAGAGCAGAGGAAAUGUCAGGCCAUGUCGCAGUCUUUCGCCACCGUCUCCAUCCGCCCUUCUCUCAGCUGUGUCAGAGGGACGACAGUCCAGAACUGUGUUCAGAAGCUGCAGAGCAAAGAAGCUGAUGCCCUGUCCAUGUUCUCCACUGAUAUCUACAACCUCGGGAAGACCGCCUCCUUCAAGAUGGCUGCCAGCGAAUCAAAGGCUGACCGUACUGGUGCCUCUUACUAUGCAGUUGCUGUAGUGAAGAAAGCAAAUUCUGCCAUCAACAUCAACAACCUGGCUGGAAAAAAGAGCUGCCACACCGGGAAAGGCCGCACAGCCGGCUGGAAUAUGCCUUUAGGAUACUUAAUAGACCAGGGUUACAUGUCUGUGAUGGGCUGCAACAUCCCACAGGGUGUGGCAAAUUUCUUCAAUGCGAGCUGCAUCCCCGGAGCAAACGAAGCGGGUGACCCUGAUUCUCUGUGUCAGCUGUGCAGAGGAGACGGCAGCGGACAGCACAUAUGUGAGAAGAGCACCAUGGAGAGAUACUUCAGCUAUGAAGGAGCUUUCAGAUGUCUGGUUGAAGAUGCAGGAGAGGUGGCCUUCAUCAAACACACAGUGGUUGAAGAGAACAGUGAUGGUCGUGGCCCCACCUGGGCACAAGCCCUGAAGUCAUCGGACUAUGAGCUGUUGUGCCGUGACGGCACCAGAGCUCCGGUCUCUCAGUGGAAAACGUGUCAUCUGGUCCGGGUCCCAUUUCGUGGCAUUGUGGUUGGCAAUGGCAUCACUCCCUCUGUGGUGUUUAACAUGCUGACAGAGGGGCUGGAGAAGUCGGGCUUCAACAUGUUUUCAUCUGCGGGGUAUGGAGAAGGAACACUGAUGUUCUCCGAGUCAUCCACCAUGUUUCAGGGGGUGGAGUCAGACGACCCCAAGAAGUGGAUGGGCCGCCACUAUUAUAACGCUCUGACAGCCAUGGACUGUAAAUCAGAAGGUGUCCUGCGGUGGUGUGUGUUGUCUAGCGGUGAGCAGCAGAAGUGUGCUGACAUGGCCAUAGCCUUUCAAGAUAAAGGUCUGACUCCAAGCAUCAAGUGUGUCCAUGGGGACUCUGUGACUGACUGCAUGAAGAAAAUUAAGAACAACGAGGCAGACGCCAUCACUCUGGAUGGAGGUUACAUCUACACAGCAGGAAAAGACUAUGGUCUGGUCCCUGCUACUGGCGAGAGCUACACAGAGGACCGUGAUGGCUCCAUGUACUAUGCAGUUGUGGUGGUGAAAAAGAGUAGCCUUGACAUCCGUAACCUUGACGACCUGCGUGGCCGUCGUUCCUGUCACACCGGAUACGGUCGCACGGCUGGCUGGAACGUUCCUGUUGCAGCGUUGAUGGAAAGAGGCCUGAUUACCCCUCAGCACUGUCAGAUACCCCAAGCGGUGGCAGGGUUCUUCAAGCAGAGCUGUGUACCAGGUGCCAAUCAGCCUGGUUUCCCCAGCAGCCUGUGUGGUUUGUGUGUGGGAGACACUUCAGGGAAGAACAAAUGCGAGAAGGGAAAAGACCUGUACGAUGGAUACGACGGUGCCUUCAGGUGUCUGGCGAACGGAGAUGGAGACGUGGCUUUUGUCAAGCAUUCUACUGUUUUCCAAAACACAGAUGGUAACUCUGGUGAAUCGUGGGCAGUAGAUCUCCACUCCACAGAUUUCCAGCUGCUCUGUUCUCAGGGCACUAAAGCCGAGGUCACACAGUAUAAGUACUGCAACCUGGCUAGAGUCCCAGCCCACGCUGUAAUGGUACGGCCAGACACCAGCAUCCACGCUGUGUAUGGACUCCUGGACCGUGCACAGACAUAUUUUGGCAGUGACACAGGUCCUGGUUUCAGGAUGUUUGACUCACAAGCCUACAAGGGCACAGAUCUCAUCUUCAAAGACUCCACUGUUCGCCUCGUUGGUGUCGCUGACAGAAAGACCUACCAGGAGUGGCUGGGACAGGGCUACCUGGACUCGCUGGUCGACAUGGAGUGUAAUUCAUCAGGUGCAGUGAUGUCUUCCGUUUGGCUGCUGCUGAUGGCCCUGCUCAGCUUCGUGCUGACCAACCUCUGAAUGUAAAGGCACAGGCAUCCUGCCUCUUUUCCAGCUCCCUUCCUCCCCCUUUUUUCUCAUCCUUUUGUACAUUUCCUGUAUCUUUCCCUUUCUGUCUCUUCUCUCCAGGUCUGCCUCUUCUGUCCCUUCUUGAUUGCUGUUCAAUCAAAUCAGCCACCAUAGCCUUAGUCAAGUCCAGUUUAGCCCUGUUUUUCUGGAGACCCAC